AGCAGCUUGUACAGUGCAGCUAACCUCGAAAAGGUGAAAAGGGAAAAGCGAUGGUCAGCACCAUUUAAUGUUAUUUAGAUUUCUAAGAAGUUUAAUCUUUUUUAGUUUUCUAAUUAGUAUUUAAGGCAUCUUAUUAAGAUUAAACCCUGAACGCUAAGCAUAAUUUUAAUCUUUAAAACGUAAAGAAGCCGCUAGAAAUACUAGAAAUAAGUGAAUAAACAUAUACAAACACACACGCGCACCUCUGCAGGAGAGUGAGAGGCCCCCUCCACCCUCAACACAAACCCCACGCAAAUUCGCCGACGGUAGUGUAGGUGAGGAAGUGUGUGUGAGUGUGUAUCCAGCCAGAAUCCGGCCAGUGUGUAAACAGGUACCAGGCCAGCCUCAUCACGACGUAUCCCCCAGGCAACGAGGUGUAUCAGCAACCGGCGCGGGCCCCUGCACGGAACCGCAACAGUGAGGGUAGCAGCAGCAGCCUCGGUGGCAGGAAGAUGCAUCCAUCGAAAAAGAUGAUCCCGGCCGAAUUGGAUGAUCAUGAGAAGGGCAAGCUGUUCGUCGGCGGGCUGUCCUGGGAGACGAGCCACGAGAACCUGCAGCGCUACUUUAGCCGGUAUGGCGAGGUGAUCGACUGCGUGGUGAUGAAGAACAACGAGACGGGCCGGUCGCGCGGGUUCGGCUUCGUGACGUUUGCCGAUCCGGAGAACGUGGAGCGGGCGCUCGAGAACGGGCCGCACACGCUGGACGGGCGCACGAUCGAUCCGAAGCCGUGCAAUCCGCGCUCGCAGCACAAGCCGAAGCGCACCGGCGGCUACCCGAAGGUGUUCCUCGGCGGGCUGCCGCCCAACAUCACCGAGACGGAUCUGCGCUCGUUCUUCUGCCGGUACGGCACCGUCAUGGAGGUGGUGAUCAUGUACGACCAGGAGAAGAAGAAGUCGCGCGGCUUCGGCUUCCUGUCGUUCGAGAACGAGAGCGCGGUCGAGCGUGCGACGACGGACCACUUCGUGCACAUCAGCGGCAAGCAGGUGGAGGUGAAGAAGGCGGAACCGCGCGACGGCAAUCAGAACAACAGCAACAGCAUGAACACCGACUCGUACCAGUGGGGCUCGCCGCAGGCACCCCCGAUGGGCAACGGGCAGAUGGGCGGACCGCCGAUCAACAUGCAGUCGAACAUGAUCCAGGGCUACCAGGGCUGGGGCACGUCCCAGCCGCAGCAGGGCUACGGCGGGUACGGGGCCGGUGCGGCCGGUGCCGCCAACGCGUACCAGAGCUGGGGAGCCCCGCCGCCACCGCAGCAGUGGGGCAACUACAAUGCCACGCCGCAGCAAACGCAGGGCUACGGUGGGUACGACAUGUACAACAACUCGGGCGCCGGUAGCGCCGGCGGGUACGGGUCCGGCAACUGGAACUCGUGGAACAUGCCGCCGAACACGGCCGGCUCGGCCGCUGGCUCGACCGCGGACAUGUACACGCGCCCUCAGUCCGGCCCGACCGCCGGUCCGGGCGCCUCGGCCGGACCGACGAGCGGUGGCCCGUCCAAGCCGGGCUCGGAGUACGGUGGCGGUUCGGCCGCGUACGGUGGUGGUGCGGCUGCUGCGGCGGCUGCCGCUGCCGCCGCUACCGCCGGCUACAACUACUACCAGAACGACCAGAACACGUACAACAACCGGCCGCGCUCGGUGUACGGUGCCGGCAGUGAUGCGACCUCCCAGCCGCCCUACCAGGCGUUCUAGAUGGGCGAGCGGAUUGACGCUUCCGACGUUGCUGCGGGCCGUUUGGCGGGCAUGGAACGCCCAUCGUUGGCAGCAGGAGGGUACGCGUUUGGUGGGCCCGUUAGCGGAGCAAGCGUCCAAGCGCCACUUCCAGCAGCAGCAGCAGCAACAGCAUCGGUGCUCAAUCGUGGUCAGCGUUUACUGUAAGGAGGAUCAAUAAGAAAAUAGAGAGCACACACACACGCACCCAUUUUUUGGCGUCCUAUAAAUUACACUAAUCGAAUGGAAAGGAACAAAAAGAAGAAAAAAAAAGAAAACAGAAAGCAUUAGAAAGCAUCAGCGCAGUGUAACAGCAACAACAAUAGAAUCAGCAUCAUGUGCAUACACAGCAACAUACAGAUAUAAAAAAUACCCUCUGUAAAUCGGUUUAGAAGAGUGAAGUGGAACGGGCCCACAGCGUCGAGCAAGGGGUCGGAAUUCCAUCAGGAUUUUAGCAGAAGUAAGCACCCAUACGCUAGAUAAGAGAGGAAAACUAAACAACAACAAAAAUAUGACGAUCAUGAUGAUGGUGGAACUUUCCGAUGAAUUGUUUCAUAAAACACUGUCCGCUUGGGAAACUCACUCAUACAUACAACAAGCUAAAAGUGUGGAGGGGGUGGACCGACAUCGUAUUCAUUCAAUUACAAGCAAGAGCAUGGAGUAUAUACAGCAGCAACAAACUCUAUACAUUAUAAAUAAUUAUAUAUACAUAUAACAAGAAGAGGAAGAAAACAAAAGGUAAAAUCAUAUAAACAAAAUGAGGGAUUCUAAUAAGGUGAGCAACAACAAAAAAGAAAAAGAAAAGAAAACACGGAAAAACAAAAAAGGAUGCUUAGCAAAGAUUAUAAAAAAAAAACAAGUAACUCUAGUAACUACUAUUAUAAACAACAAGAACAACCACAUCCAUAUUGCAUAUAAAUGUUCGCAAACACAAAACACACACCCACACACAAAACACACUACAAUCCUCCCCAUAAAAAAAAAAAUGCUGGUGAAGAAAUAAGAAGAGCAAAAAAUACAACACAAAUGGAGUAAAAGAUAGAUAGAGCGAUGACGGUGGUAUGCGUAGGAAAGCGAAGCUAAUUAGAAGGAGAAGAUAAUAAUACUAACUAAUUACAUUUACUUUGCGCGACUUUAGAAUGAGGAAGCAAACAAAACACACAAAUUCAUGAUAAGUAGUUUACGAUAGAAACAAAAGCAAGAGAAAGAGAGAGAGAGAUAUAUAAAGCUGGAAGCUGGAAAACAUGUAAAAGAUGCAAGUAUAGGAACGUAGCGCUGUAACAACCACGGUUAAUAUUUGGAGGGGUAAUAUGCUAGAGUUUGAAGAAAACCGGUGGCGUUCGGGGGAUGAGAAGUACUGAAAACUACAAAUUUUCCUUUGAAUGCAGAACCCACACACACACACACACACUUGUACACAGAGAGAUUGGAUUUAGUGUGAGGAAAGAGAGCGAGAGAGAGAGAUGGUUGGAUUUGUUGUUGCAUUGCAAACAUUGUUUCCUGUUCUGGUGGAAAUAGUAACGGAUUGUAUUAAAUUAACAACUAGUUUUUCACACUUCUUUUUUAAGCAGAUAAAUGGGUGGAAACUCGGACAUUACACACACCUACCACACACCCACCUUAUACCUACCUUUCGAGUUUUGUUUAUACACCUCAUUUACAUACAUAAACACACGCGCGCUCGCGAAUAAUUAACUGUUGCCGGCAAUAUCGGGGAGGAGGGAGAGGGUGUGUAAAAGUAAGUUAGCCUCUGUGUGUUGUUUUAAAGUAUAAUAUUCGUAUAGUAACUUUCGAAAUAGAAAACAGACGAAACGCGUCAAUCUUUGUAAUUGGGUGUGAAAUUGUUAUUGAAUUGGAUUGUGGGAAGAGAUUGCUUCUGUUUUUUUUUAAAUAUAACACACAACAAGAAACAAAAGAAAAACAUAAACGUGCAACACUGAACACAUAAUACCGGCAAUUAAUAUAUAGCGAGGCAGAGAGACAGACAGACAGAGAGAAAGUGGUGAAAGUGUCGUUUGUGUUGGUCGAUGUGUAGGAAAACAUAGUAAAGCUGUUUCUCUUUUUUUUUUUUUGAAAAUUAUCUCUGCGUGUAUGUGCGUGUUCUGUUGUGUGUCCCACAUGUAAAGAGUUUUUUUUUUUAAGUAACAAACUAGAAACAUACAUACUAAUUUGAAGACAAAGUUAAAGAGACAAACACCACCGCAGACGAAAGGAGGAUUGUUUGGUUUUGUUUUCAAUUAUCUUUCCCUCCAACACACACACACACACACACACACACACACACCGUUGUACGUGAACUGUUUGCAGCCUGUUUUCUUUCCAUUCGUUUAAUUUUUUUUAUAUGAUAAAUAUUAUUUUUUCGAUUUUGUUUUAUAGAACACCAUUUAUUUUAAUAAUCGAUCUAUGAAUAAUGCUAGCUUGUUCUGUUCUUUUUUUAAUUGUAUCCUAAACAUACACACACACACAUUCACACGUACUGUAGUAGUGCCCUCUAGUAGUCACACUCUAGUGUCUGGCCAGAGCUUCCACAAAGACACGAACAACGGUCAAAAUGGUCCUUUUUGGCACAACUUUUCCUUUCCCCCUUCUGGAGUUGAUUUUUUUGUUUUAAUUUGAUUUGUAUACACGGGCUUAUGUAUGCUAAGUUCGCUUUUAUCCCUAUUAUACCGUCAUUUUAUGGGUAGCACCACAAGAGAUAUGUUAAACGAGAGAGAGACACGAGCAGAGCCAGUUUAAAACUGUGGGUAGAUAUAUUUCUGCUCAGGCAUGUAUGGUGGCAACACCAGGGGAAGAACGAUAGGAUUCACGCACGCAAGAAUUCAAUUGUGAAAACUUUAUCAUUUUAAAAUAAUGCGUAAAUAUGCGGCGGUUCAGCUUCUCGUCUCGUUUGUGAAGGAUAUUCUUUUUCCGAGUGCGCUAGUGUACUUAAAAGUGAGUACGAGUACACUAGCACACGCUUUAGAGUACACUAGUGAGUAAAAGCUAGAACAAGACAAGGCUAACAAUGGCACUCUCCCUGCCACAAUACCAGCAAUGGCUGCGGAUGAAGCAUGGCUGUUAGUUAAGAAUCAUUGUGCAGGUCAUACAAAAAGAGAAUGAUAUGUAAUGGCAAUUAGCAAUUAAUUUCGUGCGCGCCAAUAUUAUGCUAGGAGAAGAAAGCACUUACACACACACACACACACACACAAACCACUAUUUUUAGCGGUGGGAAAAGACGGUGAUUGUUUUAAACAAAAGGAUAGUAGUAACAACACUUGAUUUAUCACGCCUUGAUCAUCGAGAAAGGCAUACAUAAGGAUAUAUUAGUAUUUGCUUUCCUUUUCUUUUAAUGUGGAAUUCUAUUAUUGUACAUUUUAGAGCGCAUCAUACCUACCUACUACACCCUGUACCCUGUAUUGUGUCAAAAAAAAACUGCUCGCGGACGAUUAAUAUUAAAAUGCAAAAUGUGUGCCCCGUGAGGGAGGGCAGGAUUGUUCUCACGCACGCGCGGCUUUUUAAUGAUUGUAACAAAAAACAACCGAUUUGUGCUUUUAUUUCGUUUUCCUCAUUCCUUUUUCGUGUUUUUUCUUCUUCUAUCUCUGUAACAGCUUUUAUUUAACAUUAUUUUUCAUUUAACUCCCUCUGUGUCUGUUCCUUUGUUUGCUUUUUUAAUCCAUAAUAGUUUUCCACGGAGUUUUCGAAUAAGUGAAGUGGAAAAACUAGAAUAUUUUUCUUUUUUUUGUUUUAAAGAACGCAGCAGGCGGGCUUUCUAAUAGUAGGAGCAUACCACUACACGUAAGGUACAUAGAUUAUGCGCGCACGCACGCUCGUGUGUAUCGCGUCUUAAGAACAAGAACUGAUAUUGUGUAACUUUUUAGCGAGGAAGGAAAAAAAACAAAACAAACUAAAUCAUACUAAUAUCGAACUGGGCGAAUACCGGUGUGUGUGUGUAUGUGUGUGCUUGUGCGUGUGUUAGCAGAUCAAACAACACCCGCAAGGGCACAGGGCUUCUCGCGCACGUGUUUGCACAUUGCGCAAAACAUUGUUUGUGGUGCGCGUUUUUAAGCGUAUGCGUAUGCGUGUGUCCUAUGUUUCCUAGGAAACGAAAAGGAUAACUGCCUUUGCGGACGGGGGGUUGUUGUUAUGGUUGUUGUUGGUUAAGCCCAAGUUUAAGUAAUUGUUAUAAUGAAGCAUAUAAGGAACCAGAAAUGAAACAGAAAUAGUUUAUUUUCUCUCUCUCUCUCUCUGUAUUAUGAGGUGCCCCUUCUUUUUUGUUUUAACAAAUUAGUGCAACAAAAACCUAGAAAUCAAACUAAAAUAGUGGAUAAACCAACCAAGUUCUCCAACAGCUAAGGUUAGAGGCGUGUUGUGUGUUUGAUGAAUGCAUGAACGGGAAUGUUUGAAUGAGCAAGGCAGAAAGAUAGCGUGCGUGUGCGCGUGUGUGUGUUUGUGUGUGUGUGGGUUAAGAAUUCUGUUCUAAAACAAAAACUACUAGAGUGUAACACAGAAAAUUGUUUAAGAAAAAAAAGGGAAGAAAAACUCAACCACCAAGCAACAACGGAUUAAAGCUCGGGAGAAGAGGUGCGAGAUUUUGUAGGUUAGGUGUAAAGCAAGUUUGCAGAAGGCAUGCAAGUAACAACAAUAAGCUAAAAAAGAACAUCAGUUAAGAUACCGCCGGAAGCCCUGUUUUAGUAGUGUUUUGAUUGAUUUUUUGUUUCUGCAUAAGAACUGGUAAAGAACUAGGUUUAAAAAAGAAGCGUCAGAUAACUUAAACAAUAGUGAAUAGACUUCGUUAGUAGAGACAGAUAGUAGACACACACACAUAUACACACAUACACACACAGCGAAGUAGUGACGCGCGUUCAACGUCUAAGAGAGAAGAAAAGCGUGAAUUUUCCUAUUGUUUUCCCACGGAAACAAAACGAAUGGUAUCGAAUACCCGUUAGUUUUUGUUUGCUUCCUUUUUAACAACACACACACCCGCCGACGGUGCGUGAUAUUAGUGUUGAGAUGUUAAUUAUGUUUCUUUUUUUGUCUGUGUGUGUAGAGUCACUUCCAUGUUUUGAUGUAUUUUAAAAGUAAUGCUACUAUGCUAUGACUAUUACUUACUACUAGUACUACUACUACUACUACUACUAACUACCACGUACGUAUGUUCUCCUCUUGGCUGGCCUGCGUUAGCGAACAGCAAAGUAAGAUAGUUUAGAAGUUUAUACCCACAGUUGUUCCCCGUUCCCUACUCCUCCCCAUCCAUUCAUGUUACAUAUUUCCUAUUCCGACCCUAAGUGGCCCUUUUCUCCCCACCGCCCGUUCGGAAUGCGACUGGCUACGUUAAUUUGGAACACAUCGUCCGGUUGAUCCUGCUUCCUUCCGUUUUGUUUUAAGAAGGAUGUACCGUUUGUUCAUUCUUUUCGUUCGUUUGUUUGUUUGUAGUGCUUUCUUAAGGUAAUGUGUUUAGUAGGCAAGUGUUAGGCAACUGAACUGAGCUAAGGAAAAGUGAGGAAAAAUACAAAAAAACAACAGCUACCACCACCCCAGGAGGGCAAAAGCGUGUGUGCGUCGUGUGUGUGUGUGUGCUACCCCCCCUCCCCCCUCCUCCCACUAGAAGAAGAUCCUAUGAGGAAAACAAAAGUGGCGAACGGUAGCGAGCGAGUGAGAAAUUUGCGUUUAAUUUUAUGUAUGUUCCGCUUUAUGAUUAAUUUCUUUAUGCGUUUUUUUUCUUUAAACUUCACUAUCUUCUUCUGUGUAAUUUGCUAUCUUCUCUUCAUUUUUUUGUCGGAUAUUUGCAUAAAUAUAUAUACACUACCAUUAUAAUAGAAGCAUACGACCGUAUCGUUUUGCUCACUUUUUGCUGUAUAUCAUUUUGUUUGUUUUUUGUUUAAUCAUCCCAUAAGAGCGGUACGAAAAGAUAAAAAAACCUUUGUCACAUACAAAAACACACCACUCAUGCAAGAUCGAAUGUGAUGUUCAUUUAAACUUUCCUCCCAUUUUUCCCCCCUUUUCCGUGUUAGUUAAGCGAUGCGUGUCUGUGACCUGCAGGUUGUGGUUGCGCCACACCGUGCGCUUCUUUCCACCGGGUCCGAUGCGAUAGGACGCAGUAGGACACAGGUGAUUUUAGCAAAACAAUAAUAAUGUAACGCGCCGUGUUUUUUAGUGUAUCUGGUGUGUACACGAAACAAUUGCAACAUAACUGCGGCUGGAUAUGAUCCCUGUACACGCCGCCCGUCGAUUUAGGUUUGUUGUAUUGCGGGGGUUAACGCUCUAUCGUUUAAAGGCAAGUUUUUUUUAACAAAAAACAGAAACAAAUCGUACCUAUCGCUUAGCAUAAUAAUAACUGCCAAAUAGAACGUAAAGGAAAGGUAAACAAAAAACAAAAAAACACCGCGAUAUAGAUGAGAAGAAAUUAAGCAAGCUACUAAUAGAUUGUGUAUGAUAAGGAAAAAAAA